GUCGCGUAUGCGUGCAACAAUGGCCCCACCGAUCCUUAUAACAGCUGAUGAGCUCAACUGUCUGAUACACGCUUACUUUGUUGACUCAGGGUACCACCAUGCUGCAUUCUCUCUCAAGUCGGAGGCCCAUCUUGACCGCACGCCACACUUCAAAACACACAUCCAAAGGGGAGAGUUAGUGGCUCUCCUCAGCAAGUCUCUACUGUAUGCGGAAGUAGAAGCACACUGGAAGGCGGGAAAGAUGGCCUCCGACUGCAAGAUACCGUUCACUCUGCUUGAACCACACGUCUGUUCCUCCGAAGUCUCGAGCGUAUCUGAGGGUGCUUCGGCUACGAACGUCGUAGGAAACUCUAUAGAUGAAUUCUCUGCUAUAUCACAGGAGGCGAAACUGAAACGGAAGGCUAGCACACCUCCUAUAUUAUCACCAGACGCCCGUAACGCUAAGCGUCCAAAGGAAGGAGAGAAGAGAACAAUGACCAUCGCCGAAAGGCUGGCUAGAGACGCACUUGAAUUCACUUCAAGACAAAAUGCCGUCUCCGUGAACCCACAUGAUGUCCCAUGCAAUUACGGACCACCAAUAUUAGGUGGACUCAUCUCCACAGCGGCAAUAAGAACAUUGAAGUCCCAUAGCUCAGAGGUAUUCAUCGUGGCUUGGAACCCUGUACGCGUUGGCCAUCUGGUAUCGGGAUCAAGAGAUGCGGUAGUGAAUUCCUGGGAUAUACCAUUGUUGGACAAAAUUGACUCUGGAGCCGCCGCCGAACCCAUCCUCCCUACUAAAAAGCUACUCGACCUGACACAUGUUGUACAAGCGGACCUCACGUCAUUCGAUUGGAGUGCAGAUGGAAAGAUGGUUGCCGUGGGAUCGUACGAUUCCGUGCUCCGAGUCUUUGGGCCAGAGGGAGACCCGUACAUCACGGAUGGCUGCCAUACAGUGAUCAUCUCCCAUCCUAAGCUCAAUAUCGCGACACUUACUGUUUAUCAGGGUCCUGUCUUUGCUGCCAAAUUUUCACCCAACAUGGCAUGGUUGGUGACUGCUAGCCUGGACUCGACAUCUGUAGUAUAUGAUGUGCAGGGUCGAAAUCUUCUCAAACGUUAUCGGACACACAGUGGAUGUUGCCUGGAUGUAGAGUGGAUAGACAACGUUACAUUUGCAAGCUGUGGAGCCGAUCACCUUGUGUAUAUAACGUCCCUCGAGAACCCAACAUUCACACAUAAAUUGAUCGGCCAUACUCAUGAGGUCAAUGUUAUCAAAUGCAACCCGUCGAAGACGAAGUUGGCAUCGUGUUCGGACGAUGCUACUGCUCGAGUUUGGACGAUCAAUCCUCUGCAGAAGUCGUCCGUCGAAUUGAAAGGUCACCAAGCUUCUUUAACCUCGGUUGAAUGGUGUCCUGUGACUACACCAGGAGAAGUAGAGAUGCUUGCGACUGCGUGCUUCGAUAGCACCGCCUGUCUAUGGAAUACGGUUACAGGGGAAUGCCUGCGGGUGUUCGCCGAACACAGUCAACAUGUCUACACGCUCGCAUUUAGUCCCGAAGGGACCAUGCUUGCCACCGGUGGCGGGGGUGGAUUUAUGCAUGUUUACGAUACCAAGACGAUGGAAAGGAGAUGGUCGUGGUAUAACGGCGAUAGGUCCGGCGUAUUCGAGAUUAAAUGGAAACGGUGGGAUAAGAAGACAACAAUGAUUGCCAUCGCUCUUGAACGCCAAGCGGUCGCGGUCAUCGAUCCCAGCAAGGUACGGGCUUUGGCCUGGUCAGGAUGAGAUAACACGAUAGGCAUAUUAUUCUUAGCAGUACUAGUAGUAUAUUACACCUGCAGUGCGGACUUGGG